CAAACGUGUCGCGAUAUGGAUAAUCCAUCGAAAAAUUAAUUAAAGAGCAGAAGAGAUAAAUCUAUAGAGAUAUCAUACGUUUUCAGAAAUAAGGCUUAGGAUGUCAGGAGCCCAAGGAGCGCAGCCAAAGGAGUCGUUGUUGCCAACAACGUACGAGUCCAAGGAAGGAGGGGAGAACAAGACGAAGACAGAUAUCAGGUCCAGAGACGAUGCGGGCGGCGUAGAGAUUGAUAAACUUCAAGAUAAGGUCCAGGAUGCUGCCGGAAAAGGGGGUCCUGUCUUCGGCGCCGGCAAGGAUGAGAAUAAAUCCGACUUGGGGGUUACUGGAACCGGCUAACUGUGUACUCUAAUUUCAUAGGACUAUAUAUCUCUGUACUAGUAGUGUUAUAAUUGUGUGUGUGUGAGCGUUACGUUGGUGUAUUUUAUUAAAUUUGGGAGCGCUGUGUGAUUCCUUGUGUUGUACUGUUGUGUAUUAAUACCAACUCUUCUCAAUCUUCUACUGUGAUUCUUGUUCUUGA